AUGAAUACAAUUGAAUUUCAUAAUUUAGGGGAAGCUUUUGAAUUGAUGUAAACGGGUAAGAAGGAAUUCUUUUCUGGAUUUGAUAUAGUGGCUAAGACUGCUGCUUAUGAAAAAAUGAAAUUUGGUUAUGAAUAAAUUAUCCAUUUUUAGUAAGUACUAAAAGAUAAGGUUUGUAAUUCUGAAUUAAAUUUGGAAAUUGAAGAAUAUAAAAAUUAACUAAUUAAAUUCAAGGAACUUUUAUAAAUAAAUAAUUUAGAAAAGUAUUAGUAUAUCUGCAAUCCUUAUUAACAGUAUUUAUUAAAUGUUAUUGCAAGAUUAGGUUUAGAAAUGGAUUUCAUUUAAGUAAAAGACAAACCUAAUGUUGGAGAAAAUAAAAUAUUAUAAUUAGAGUCAAUUAAAGGUAUGAUGAAAGAAAUAGCUUUACCUUUUAAAUUUCCUCAAUUUUUUUAAAAUUGUCAUUAUUAUUAUGAUAAGAUAUUUCUAUAUGGAGCACCUAAUUCUGGUAAAAAAUACUUAAUAGAAUACAGUGCUUCAAUUGCAAAUGCCAAAAUUAUAAGUUUAUCAAUUUCAUAAUUAAUUAAAAACUAGUUUAACCAACCUGAAGAAUGCAUUAAAUAAAUUUUUGAUUUUGCUAGAAGCAUGUAGCCAUCAAUUCUGUUAAUUUAUGAUCUUGAGUAAAUAGGAAAUUAGAGUUUAAAUAGUAAUCGAUCCAAAUUAAAUAUCUUUGUUGAAUUGUUAAUAGAGUUAGAUAAAUAAAGACAAUCAGACAGUUUCACAUUUUUAAUCAUAGGAAUUUCAAGUUACCCAUGGAAUGUAAAUCCUCGAGUCCUAAGAAGAUUUAGUAAAAGAAUGUAUAUACCUUUACCGAAUCAUCUUCAAAUUUUGGAUUUAUUAAAUGAAAAGCUAUCAAAUUUGAAACAUAAGCUUACUUUGGAAUAAUUAGAUUAAUUAACCAACAAAUUUCAAGGUUACACAUGUUGUGAUAUUUCUAAUAUUCUAUAGAUGGCUUAUGAUUAAGCUGGGAAUAUCAAUAAAUAGAAUAUAUAAAUAAAAUCAGAAUGUUCAGAAAACAUUAUUGAAUAUGGCGACAUUCUUAAUGUAGUUAGAAAGUACAAGAAAUUAACCUCUUAAGAUUAUAUCAACAAAUUAGAAGAAUGGAAAGCAAAUUUUGAUGACUGA